UUGAUGAAAGGUCACAAGUUGGUGUCUUGGUUGGCUAUAGUGAUGUGACCAAGGGAUAUAGAGUGUAUAACUUGGAAACCAAGAAACUUGUGAUAAGUAGAGAUGUGAAAGUUGAUGAGGAAGCUAAAUGGGUUUGUAGUAAGGAGGAGUUGGCUAGUAUGGAUGAAGACAAUCGACUUGAAGCUCAUGAUAAUGAUGAGGAACAAGGAAAUGAUGAAGGUGCUGCCCAUGAUGAUGAAUAUGAUGAGAAUGAGCUAGAAAUCUCCAUAGGGGCUGACUUGGAGAUUGGUGAUGGUGUGAGAGGCACAAGACCUCUUAAUGAGAUUUAUGAAAGGUGUAAUGUGGCAUUGAGUGAUCCAAUCAAUGUCCAUGAGGCUAUGGCAAGAAAAGAGUGGAGACAAGCCAUGCAAGAUGAAAUCGAUGUGAUAAACAAGAAUGACACUUGGAGCUUGGUAACAAAACCGAAGGGAAAGAAUGCUAUUGGGGUGAAGUGGAUCUUUAGGACCAAGUACAAUCCGGAUGGGUCCAUAAAUAAGCACAAGGCAAGGCUUGUUGUCAAAGGAUAUGCACAACAAGCCGGUGUGGAUUAUGGAGAGACUUUUGCCCCGGUUGCAAGGAUGGAAACCAUAAGACUUCUUCUUGCAAUU